CUUGAAGCUUAACUUAUUUUUCAUGCGUCUUCCUGGUGUGAGCAUUCUAUUUCAACUUCGUCGCUAAAAGAUAUGAAGUAUCUACUACAAUAAAUAAUGGUAUGGACAACACUUUGUCUAUUCACAUUUUUCUCAUCAUUACUUUUUAGUCCUUUCAGUAACAAUAACCUCCUUUCGUUCGAACAACUUCCGUAGCAUAAAAAGCUACGGUCGUUCCUUUCAUCGUCUUCUGAUAAACCGUACUUACCAUAUCAAAGGGUCAUGAAUUGACAGUGAUCGCAUACCAUGUAAGAUUGAUUCAGUACUCGCAUGUCUUUGAUUGAAUGAGACUGCCAACAGUAUACUAGCAAGAUGAUGAGAGGCUUCUUCGGUUCUUCGAAUAAAACAGCAAAAAAGAAGGAAAAGGAGCAUAACAGUAGUGGCACAGAUCCAACAUCUAGCCUGACUACAUCUGGGACCGAGACCUCUAAUUACAGUGCAUCGUCUAGCUCAAAUCGCAGCGAAAUUUCUAUUACCAGCAGCAGUAGUGCGUCAGAAGAAAGCUCCGGGACUAGCACAUCGUACAGCUCCAGUUCAGACAGUUCACCUGAAACGGAUUCGUUGUCGUCAUCCAGUGACAGUAAUAGCUCGGGAGAGACAUCCUCCCGAGAGAGCACUUCGCCUGAAAACACAUCACGUGCUGGAAUCACUCGCUUCUUCUCCCGACAAAUGCAAAACGUCGCAGAUGCUUUGACCGGCAAAAGAUAAGUAAAAGCAAAUAUGUCUGGCUCGUCAUCAUGCAUAGUCACCUUGU